AGGCUUCGGAGGUCCGGAUCGCAGCGGCGACGAAAGAUGUCGUACUCAAGAGGAUCAAGGCAAAGUAGCUACUCGAGGUAUAGGAGUCGUUCUAGGAGUGUGGAUUCAAGUGACAUUGAAAACCCUGGGAACAAUCUAUAUGUGACUGGUCUGUCAUCUCGUAUAACAGAUCGAGAUUUGGAGAAGCACUUCUCUGCUGAGGGAGAGGUGAUCGAUGCAAGUAUAGUACUUGACCCAUGGACGAGGGAAUCACGGGGGUUUGGAUUUGUUACCAUGGCCACUCUCAAGGAGGCAGAACGCUGCAUCAAGUAUUUGGACAGUUCUGUGCUGGAAGGUCGUGUCAUUACUGUUGAGAAGGCAAAGAGAAGACGAGGUCGAAACCCAACACCUGGAAGGUAUCUUGGCUCCAAAUCGUCACGUGGGCGGAGGUAUUACCCAAGUAUAUCCCCUGUUAGGAGAGACCGUUACAGCUCACGGUACUCGCCUGAGUGGGAGCGAGAGCGGGAGCGGUCUUAUUCUCCUUAUAGCAGAGGACGAUCGUACUCUCGCCAUGACAGGAGGCAAUCCUACUCACCUUAUGGCAUAAGGAGAUCAUGCAGUCCCUCCGACAGGUCCAACUCUCCAUACGAAAGGCGCAGAUCAUACUCCCCAUAUGGAAGGCGCAGAUCAUACUCUCCCUAUGACAGGCAUCGGUCAUACUACUCACCUCGCCAUGGUCAUCGCUGCCGUUCGAGAUCUCCCUACCGUUACGGAAGGCAGAGGUCACAUUCCUAUGGCCGUUCUGUUUCACCAUACUACAGCAGGCGCUCUUCUCCUAGGGACAGAAGACGCGGCUAUUCUCCAAGUGUGUCGCCGUGCACGAGCUACUCGCGCAGCUGCUCUCCAGUAUCAGAAGAAUCGAGGAGCUGUUCUCCGAGGAAAGGAUAUGACGAGGAAGUCAAGCAAUCGCGCAGCAGGUCAUCAGGCAAGAGACAUUCUAGGGAAAGCUAUGCUCACAGCCGCAGCUCCUACUCGAGGUCUGUUUCUAGGGAGCGCUCCAGCUCAUCUGGGGCCUGAUGGUUUAGGCAGCAACGCCACCGUAUUUUGUCGCAACCCUGGAUUUAUAAUGCUUUGUAGUAAUCUCUGUUGCGCUCAUGUAGGACGUGCAGAACUAUAUUUUGUCUUUAUUCUGAACAUACAAAACAUAGGAGUAUGUAUGUUGAUGUUAUGUUGUACUGGAUAUUGAUAUUUUGCUAA